AGCGCCUCGCAUAUAGGACGCUAGUAUGCGCAGAGUACCUGUACCAGUGCCUCAUUUGCUCCAACAAACGCAUAGCCAUCAGGAACCGUCGUGAAUGUAGACAACCCCCACCACCACUACCACCACCAUGUCCUCGCCCCUCCUUGUCGGCAUAUCGGGCCCCUCGUCUUCCGGCAAGACAACGCUGUCCCGCCUACUGCGCGACGUAUUCCCUCCCUCUAAACUCUUCAUUCUGCAUCUCGACGACUUCUACCUGACGGAUGCUCAAAUCCCCGUUAAGAAUGGAAUCCAAGACUGGGACUGCAUCGAGUCACUCAAUCUGCCUGCGCUCAAGCAAGCCCUGGACCACAUCAAAGACCAGGGCAGGAGUCCAGACUGGCUAGUCAGUCAAGAAGACCAGAACAGCGUUGGUGAGCAUGGCGUGCCUGAAUCUGAGAUUCAAGCAAUGCGCGAGCGAAUUACCCGUUUGCUCGAGGGCAAGCCAGAAUGGAGCGAAAAGCGGAUAUGCAUUGUGGAUGGCUUCCUCCUCUUUUCUCAAGACAUGAAGGACAUACGCUCCACGUUUGACGUCCGCCUUUUCCUCCGCACCAGCUAUGAGACCGCAAAGCGGAGGCGUGAGGCCAGGAGUGGGUAUGUGACGCUCGAAGGCUUCUGGCAAGACCCGCCAGGCUAUGUAGACAAGAUUGUGUGGCCCAACUAUGUCCACGACCACAGCUUCUUGUUUGAAAAUGGCGAUGUCAACAGACAGCUAGAUAGCAAAGUCUGCACAGAGACUGACAUUCAUGGCAUGCCCAAGGAGGCUGAGGAGAACAUGGCCAAAUGCCUGAGCUGGGCCGUGGGGAUCUUGGAGGAUGUAAUCAAGAAGUCUUAAGACGUCAUCAGACAUACAAAAACAAAAUCUUCGUCGAAACGUAUAUUAAUAUGCUAGAAUCCGUGUAAAGAGAAGAUGUCGGUAGCACCCGAAUACUCUCACCCCAGACCUUUCCAACUACAACGCCAGUGCGCCAACCAAACAGUGCCCACGUCCAUGCAGCAGAUCAUAGUACAUUUGCGUCAGAGUGACUCAAAAGGAAAACAGAUUAGAAGCCCUUGAUCUCUCGCUGUCGAGCCAGGCAUCCUCCUACGUACUCGACUUGACCUUAUCAAUAUAGGCCUGUCCUGGGCUCUCAUAAGUGGGCACAAAGAACGUGUUGAUCUGGGCAUCCUUUGACAGCCACGUGGUCAUCUGGCUGAGUUCUUCGCGCA